UCCUCAAGAUCAGCAAAACAUUGUCAGGAAAUUGCAGCCACAAUGUUCCACCUUUGUUACUACAUCACAGGAACAUCUUAGAAAGAAUGUUCUGUCAUCUGAGGUCUCAGUAACAUUCUUCUUUAAUGUUAUAUUGCAAACAGCCUUCUUUUGCCUUUGUGGAACUCUGUUAUAGAAGAAUGUUCUGCAAUGUGUUCCUCAAGAACGUCCCCAAAACAUCCCUAGAACACUGCAGCUACAUUGUUCCACCUUUGUUAAUAUAUGGCGGUACAGGGAGGUGGCUGAGAUCCAGUUCCAGGGAAGCAGCUACAGGCAAGUACUGCUCCUCCACCUCUUCAUCCUCUAGGACCCUCCUGAUCAGCAAUACCUCUGCUUUCUUUUCAGGUCUCUCCACCCACUCCUUCAGUAGGUUCACAUGCAGCACCCUACUUGAGCGGGACUGACCUGGGGUGGACACUUUGUAGGUGGUUGGUCCCAUUCUCUGUUGGAUCUCAAAGGGUCCUUGCCAUUUUGCCAACAGCUUACUUUCGUCACUAGGGAGGAGUAUGAGCACCUUUUGGCCAGGAUUGAAGGACCUCUGCCGAGCUGAUCGAUCAUACCAGACCUUUUGAUGCUGCUGAGCCUCUGCCAUGUUGGAUUGAGCAAGUUCACUCAUCUUUUCCAGUCGAUCUCGCAUCUACACAACAUAAGAUAUGACAUUAACAGCCUCCUUUCCAGUCUGAUCGCCCUCCCAAAUCUCUGAGUAAGGCGAGAGGACCCUUCACUUCAUGACCAAACAGCAAUUCAAAGGGAGAAAAACCAGUGGAAGCUUGAGGUACUUCUCGAUAUGCGAUGAGGAGGUAGGGCAACCAUUUAUCCCAGUCAUGACCAAUAUCAUUCACAAAUUUUCGUAACAUCUGUUUCAGAGUCUGGUUGAAGCGUUCAGUGAGGCCGUCUGUUUGAGGAUGGUAUGGAGUUGUCCUCAGACUCCUAAUACCCAGCAACUGAUAGACCUGUUUUAAGAGUGUACAUGAAGUUAGUUCCACGGUCUGUGAGGAUCUCACAAGGAAAACCAACCCUUAAAAAUAACUGCACAAGGCAAAAAGCUACCGAUUUUGCCUUUAUGGACUUCAAAGGGAAAACCUCAGGAUAUUUCAUAGCAUAGUCUGCCAUUACAAGCAUAUAGCGGUUACCAGCUUUACUCCUCAACAGGACCAACAAUAUCCAUUCCCAGUCGCUCAAAUGGGGUGCUGAUAAUUGGCAGGGGCUGGAGUGGGGCUCUGGAGGGGAUUUUGGGGGAGGUCCUCUGGCACUGAGGGCAACUUUUACAAAACUGGGCUACAUCUUUACGCAAGCCAAUGGAAGUGGUUUUUAAUUCGAGCAAAAGUUCUGUGUUUUCCAAGAUGGCCAGCCCAAGGAACAGAGUGUCCCAGGGUCAACACAGUUUCUCUAGCUGCUCCAGGGACCACCAGUUGCAUGUCUGAUCCCUGCUGACGAUAAAGGAUACCACCUUUCAGGAUGAAGACCUCACUGCUGCAGGAAACCAAGUCCACUACUUGUUUCUUAUCCUUAGCUCUCUGCAAAAGAGGUGCCAAUGUAGGAUCACUUUGUUGCAUUUCAACGACAUUGUUUCGGAUUUGGAAACCCAAGUGCAAUUCAGGCUCAGGGCUAGAAGAUAGUGUUACAACAGUGUGGUGAAAUUUCUCUUGCCGUCUCUGUCGGCAUGACUUACGAGAUUUCCCAGGUGCCGUCUCCAAGUCUGCAUCGUAGAAAGGCAGGGUACCAAGCAUCUGGGAUGACUCCUCCAACGUUGUAGCUUGAGCUCUAGUCACUGCCACAUUACAUCUGUGGCCAGAAUCCAGUAAAUCAAACAAUACAGGCAGGUCUCGACCAGGCACAACAGGAAAAGGCAGAUUAUCAACAAUACCAAUAUUCAAGAAGCAAAUCUGUCCUUCCACCUUUAUGUACAUGUCUGCUGUUGGAUAUGGCUUUUCAUCUCCGUGUACACAGCAAACAGGGAUAGUCUCAUUAAGGCUGAUAGAAUUUGUAGGUACAAAAUGCCUGUGCACUAGGGUCUGGUCACUGCCUGAGUCAAUGAGUGCUUUUAGGGUUUUACCAUUUAUCUCAACCGAGGUCAUUUUAGCACAUGAAUCAAAUUUGGCUCCAGUUCCAACAUUCCGUGGCACAAAACACAUUUGGGUCACCCUGGAUUAAUUCUGGGGACAUCUUGGUUUUGUAUGACCCUCCAUUCCACACAGAUAGCAGAUUAGCUUCUUAGCAGGAGGUUUUAAAAACAUAUUGGUUGCCCGAUUCUCCCACCAGGGAGACUUACUCACACCUGUGGUUGAUUUUUGCUGCUACCGAGGAGUUGGCUUGUGAUUGUCCCUCCUUUCCCAUGAGGAGUAACUCCAUGGCUGCCCAUUUCUCCGUGCAGCCACAAACACAUCAGCAAGCUUAGCAGCUUCAGCUGCAGACUUUGGAUUGGGCUCUUUUAACCAGACUUGCAACUCUGGAGAAAGCAUUCUCAAGUAUUGCUCCAAAAUUAUAAUUUCACCAGUCGCCUGAACUGUUUUACCUUUUGGAUUAAUCCACUUCCCAUAUAACUCCUUCAACCAUGCAUACAGCUCCUUUGGAUUUUCAUCAGGAUGCACAUCAAGAGCAUGGAACCUCUGGCGAUAUGUCUCAGGAUUUAUAUUGUAUUUGUCUAGAAUAGCUACUUUAACUUUAUCAUAAACAGAAUCAUCAAUAUCCAUAUGAACAUAUGCACCUCUAGCUUUUCCAGUAAGUAAUGGUAUAAGAUGAGAAACCCAGUCAUCUCUUGGCCAGCGGCAAGCUAGAGCAAUACGUUCAAAAGUAAUCAAAAAAUGUUCAACAUCAUCAUCAUUUGACAGCUUCUCCAGUCUAGGCUCAUGAGAGCGAAACUGACCUGAUGUGUGCUGAGGAUAAGUAACAGUCUCACUGGUGGGAGCAGCUUGUGGAGGGACAGCGACUUCCAAAAGGUCAGGGUCCAGUAAUUCAAGUUCACCUUGCCGAGAAUCAGGGACUGGGGUGGUGGGUUCGUGCACUUCCGACUGCAGAAGCUGGAACUGGUGUUGGAAUGCUCUGAAGCGCUGUUCUUGCCGGGCAUUUUCCUCCUUCUCUUUGGCCUCUCAGGCCUCCUGCUGCCCCAUAUGGGAACGAAGAAGGGAAACCAGGUCUGAGAGUGUUGGUUCUUUGCCUUGGUCCUCAGUGCUAUCCACCCCUCUAGAAGCUCCAUUCUCCUCUUCAUCCUCUAUCUGUGCUUCCAGUACUGUUGUGCGGUUUUGAGUGUCUCCUCGUCCUCCUCUUCCACUUUUCCCUCCUCUCUGCAUGGCUCUGAGGUCACCAAAUGUCGUGGGCCAAGCAAACGCAAAAUGACACAGGUUUAAAAUUUAAAAAAGAAGAACUUAUUUUCAAAAAAACAACUUUUACAAACAAAUGACCAAAACUAAUUAAAUCAGAACUAUAGGGCCCUUAAAAGAAAGGCCAACAAAAUAUAACUCUACUUAAAAUAAAAGUGACAAAACCUAAACAACUCAAACAACAGACCUCCUCAGCAUGAGACACCAGGCAACAUAUAUACCAAUGGGACAGACCACACCCACACACAGGGGGAACCUACAUAUACAGCAAACAAAACCAGCUAAACAGAACCGUGAUUCCCCCUAUGAUGUAGCCCUUCUUGGUGCGGUCCACUUGAGGGCCCCCAGCACAAGGGUCUGCUCCGCCCUUCGCCUCAUCCUUUGAUUGCCCACACCAGGAUUCCAUGCCGCAAUCAGGUAACUCAAACAAAAGAAACUACCAACAAAACCAAAUAAUGCAAUAUGUAAACUAAAUGUGCAUGCUAAUAAAUCAUUUAAACAACUGUGUGUAAUAAUUUAAAUGACUGUAACUAAAAAAUACUUAAACAUGUGAAAAUAAUGUUUGUGAGUGACUGACUGCUGGGACUUUCUGUGUGGCUGUGGGCACGGCCAUCACAAUUUGUGUUUUUGACAACAUCUUCUGAACGGUUAUGAUGAAAUGCUGUAUUAACUUCAAAUGGACAUUACUGGAAAUGAAAAUUCUUCUUUGAACAUUUGAUUGAAACAUUUUCUUGAAAAAAAAAAUCACCAGAACUUGCCGAUAAUGUUGUGGGAACGUUCCCUGCCAGCUGGAUGUUCUGGCUAUUCCACAUUGCACUGCAUCUUUUCUGCUUCUUUUGCUUGAACUUUGCUUUGAAAUAGCAGUGACGUAGAAUCUAAUAUCACGUUGUUGCAGCUCUCAGGAUGCAGAAAAAAUGUUUUCAUUAACAAAAUAAUCUUAUUUUUUAGGAUUAGAACAUAACGAAUGCUUCUGUUUAGUGGGAAAAGUAACACAAUGAGGAACUUUUCGGCAAAAAAACCAAAACCCCCACAGCUUUGGACUCAUCAGAUCUGCAGGGAAAAAGCAGACGAGGCUGCAAACAUGGAAGGAAGAGCAGAAAAGAAGUUCUAUAUGAUGGAUAAUUAACAUCAUUUAACACCUCUCACCGGCACCAACUCUACAAUCAGCGCUGAUAAGGAAGUGGUUCCAAUAAAGUGGCCUCAAAUCUGCAGAGAGGAGUUAAUUAGUGGCUGUUUACUCGUCUCUCUUUUUUUUAUGAAUUCAUGCUGUAAAUCUAAAUGUGUCUGUGCCAGAGGAGGGUAAAACCUGCUGGCCCAGCGUGCAGCAUCACAUCCUGUCUGGGUGUAAAACUCGGAGCUGAGGCGGGCAGAGCAGCAGUACUGGGAGGGACGCUGGUGCCACUGGUUUCCACUCCCAGUCCCACAAAGUUGGAUUACUGCAUUUUUACGCACGGACUGGAAUUGUCUGGAUAUUUCUCUCUCCUUGCCAUGUUCUGGAGAAACUUUGACUGGACGAUGUUUGCGCAGCUUUUGGGAGGUUUUCUCUGUAGGAAGUAUAUGUUCUCAGGCCGUCUCGUCUCAUGUUGCUGCCUCCAAUAUUUAUACCGUAGCUGGUAAUUAACAUAAUCUUGCAUUCCUGUUAAUUUCGGUAAAUGAAGGACAACACGCAGUCCGGAUUGCCACCCAAACGCGCGUUUUUUGGCACUUUAUGAAUGCAGCUGUAAUCACGCAGGGGAGCCUCGAGUACUUAAAUGGGUCCAUCACGAGAAAGAGACAAUCAAGCUCCUUUAUGUCUCAAGAUCAGCUGCAGUUUGCGCGCAUUGUCUAUUAUGAAUAGACCGAUCUCCAAUUGAGCCUCUUCACUUUGGAGAUUUUUCGAUUUUCGAUUAUACAGCUAUUGAAAUUAGGAUGCGCUGCUUCUGUUUUUUUUCUCCUCCUCUCUUAGCUUGGUGGCUCGGUUGCCUUCUUUUGAUUGACACGUGAAAUUGACACUCGGGUUGCCUCUUAUCAAGCGAAGCGUUUCAAUCCAGCGCUAAUUGCACAUAUAGUGCCAUCCUUUUCUUUUCACUGCGUUUGAUUGCGCUCUGGAUACAGCCUCCUAUUGCGCACAAGAGGAAUGAUCGAUUAUAUAUAGUUUUUUUUUACCCCCCUCUCUUCUAAUUGCAUCAAAAUUUCUUUUGUUGCCAGGGUUUAAAUGCAGGAGAAAGCGUUAUUCGUUGUUUUGGACCGGAUAUAGUGUGGGUUGUGGCAGAGAUGCGUAAUGCGCAAAGCAAGCUCCGUCUCCUCUCCAAAUAGGCAGCGCUCAAGACCCGAAAAUGUCUAAGUCGGAGGUGAAGAAGGAGUCCGGGGAGUCCAGCCCGUCGGAGGCCGCCUGCCUCUGCUCUCCUCCGGCGGCCAAGAACCAGUGCGCCAGCUGCGAUAUGGAGAUCCACGAUCGCUACCUGCUGAAGGUCAACAACCUCAACUGGCACUUGGGCUGUUUGGAGUGUUCAGUCUGCAGAGCUUCUCUGCGCCAACACAGCAGCUGCUACGUGAAAAACAAAGAAAUCUACUGCAAGCUGGAUUAUUUCAGGUUUGGCACUAAAUGUGCCCAGUGUGGCCGGCAGGUUUACGCCAGCGACUGGGUGCGCCGGGCUCGGGGCAGCGUUUACCACCUGGCCUGCUUCGCCUGCUUCUCCUGCAAGAGGCAGCUGUCGACCGGGGAGGAGUUCGGCCUGGUGGAGGGCCGGGUGCUCUGCCGCAGCCACUACGACAUCAUGCUGGACAACCUGCGCAGGGCUGCAGAAAACGGCACAGGGCUGACUCUGGAAGGAGCGCUGCCCUCUGAUCAGGACUGCCAACCCAAACCAGCCAAGAGGGCGCGGACGUCGUUCACCGCCGAGCAGCUGCAGGUGAUGCAGACUCAGUUCGCUCAGGACAACAACCCCGAUGCUCAGACGCUGCAGAAACUGGCAGAAGUGACGGGACUGAGCAGGCGAGUCAUUCAGGUUUGGUUUCAGAACUGCCGUGCGCGACACAAAAAGCAGCCGCCUCAGAGCAGCUUCUCUCAGAGCGCUCCGCUGUCCAGGAUGCCGCCGUCGCUGCCAGACGACAUCCACUAUUCUCCGUUCGGCAGCCCGGACCGACCACACCUGCUGGCCCUGCACGGAUACCUGGACACUCAUCCCUUCUCCGUCCUCGCCGCCCCGGGCCACUUGACCCAUCCGUCCAUCUCUUUACCGCAGCUUCCCAUCAGCCGCUGACCUGCUGCGACCACUUUUCCUCCAUCAUCACCCCCCUGAUGAUAUUGUGAAAGAAAAAAAAAACCCCAACAAAUCCUUUGGGACGUCCUGUCAGCGAUCUGCUCCGUUUGGGAGUCUAGUCUUCGGGGGGCAGCAGGAUUUCUGUUUCCACUCAGCCGGAUUCUUCGUUGCAGACUGCUGAGCUAAACUGUGGUGAUGCCUCCAAGCUAACACAGGAGUUACUUUUUUCAUGAUGCGGAGAAGAAGACCACUUUCCUUUUAUUUUCCUUUUCCGCGGGACACAAAACAUUGCAUCAGGUCAGGAUUUGUUUCCUUUUUUUUGUGUUUUCCCUUUUGUACAAGGUAUUUUAAUUGCUACAACAUGGAGAGAAAAAGAAGAAAAGAGGAGUAGCAGUAUUACAGUAAAACCUCAGCAUUUUUUCCUUUAUUUUGUACUGGUGAUGAGCACAUUUGCAGCUUUACUGUUGUUUGUUCUUGUAUUGUUGUCAGGAAAUGGAAUCUCUUAUUUAUUCAGAGCAAAACUUCACUUUAAAAAAAAAAAGCACUUUUAAAUGUGUCUUGAAAUGGAAUAAUUCAGUGAUUGUACAUUGUAAAUACUGCUAUGUUUUAAUAAAAUGUAUCAGAUCUGU